UAAUAUAGAUAGCUCACAUCACAUGGUGUCUUUUGCACGGCUUUCGCUUCAUUACUUCCCUUCUUCUUCCCUCUGAAACUGAAAGCUCUAAACUUUACCAGCUCAUUUAUUGCCUUUCACUGUCAAUGGCUUCUGAGAUUUUAAGCUUUGACCACUUUUUCUGCCUUUUUUCAGUGUUUUUAUUGCUUGUUGGUCAGUUAGGUUUCUGUUUGGAUCUACGAGUUUAGAGAUUCAAAGAGUAUUCAAUUCAUUUCGAAGGUGAUUGGCUAGGAUUUGUGUAUAUUGCGAGUUAGCAUUGGUUGUGGAGAUGAAUUUUUCUGCUGAGUUUCCAUAGUUUUUAUGAAAACCAACUUGCUGUAGAGACCAAUUAUUAAGAAAGAGGUUCAUAGAGAGAGAGAGUUAUUUUUCUCUCUCCCUUCUGGCGCAAGAAAAAGCAGGCAAAAUGAUAAACAGGCCUCUCAUUUUAACGUAUUUGUACUUGUUGAUCUACGUCUUGCUUUCAUCAGGAGUUAUAUUGUACAACAAGUGGGUUCUUUCUCCAAAAUACUUCAAUUUUCCGUUACCUAUAACACUUACCAUGAUUCAUAUGGGAUUCUCUGGACUUGUAGCAUUCUUCCUUGUUCGUGUAUUUAAGGUUGUUUCUCCUGUUAAAAUGAAAUUUGAAAUAUAUGCAACAUGUGUGAUACCGAUCAGUGCCUUCUUUGCAUCAAGUCUUUGGUUUGGUAACACUGCUUACUUGCACAUUUCAGUUGCCUUCAUCCAGAUGCUCAAAGCUCUAAUGCCAGUGGCAACAUUUAUCAUGGCUGUUUUCUGUGGUACUGAUAAACCAAGGUUGGAUGUGUUCUUGAACAUGGUGCUGGUCAGUGUUGGAGUCGUCAUUUCCUCUUAUGGGGAAAUUCAUUUUAAUAUAGUUGGAACACUUUACCAGGUCACUGGCAUCUUUGCAGAAGCUCUUAGGCUGGUGUUAACUCAAGUCCUCUUACAAAAGAAGGGCUUGACUCUAAAUCCUAUUACCAGCUUAUAUUACAUAGCUCCAUGCAGUUUUGUAUUUCUUUUUGUGCCUUGGUACUUACUGGAGCAGCCUGUGAUGGAAGUUUCACAGAUUCAGUUCAAUUUCUGGAUCUUCUUCUCCAAUGCUCUUUGUGCUUUGGCUUUGAACUUCUCCAUAUUCCUAGUGAUUGGUAGAACGGGAGCAGUUACCAUAAGGGUUGCUGGUGUUCUAAAAGACUGGAUACUGAUAGCACUUUCAACUGUUAUAUUUCCAGAAUCCAUGAUAACCGGACUAAACAUAAUUGGCUAUGCAAUUGCAUUAUGCGGUGUUGUCAUUUACAACUACAUAAAGGUUAAGGAUACCCGUGCUUCACAACAGCCUCCUGAGAGUCUUCCAGAGAGAAUAGUAAAGGAUUGGAAGUUGGAGAAGAAGUCAUCUGAUAUGUUCAAUCUGAAUAACAAUGAUGAUAACAAUGGAGGGAAUAAUUCUGCAGCAGAAUCCAAUUUGGAUGAAGAAGCACCUCUAAUUGCAGCAUCAAGGUUAUCACAUGUCGGUCGCACACAGGUUAGCAACCAUGCUGCAUGAUGUGUGAGCCAAGUAUAUAGAUCUGAUGUUAGAGAUUUAACAUGAGCCAAAAUUUGAGUACAUUUGAGGAAAGAUAUAUUUGUUCUUAGUGAAUGAAUCUUCACAUUAUAGGUGAAGGAGCAUUUUAUGGUAAUUACACGGUUAUAUAGCGUGAGCCAGCGCCCACGAUAUUUUUAGGCUGGGGUAAGAAAUGGUAGCUUAGAACCCAUAAUUGGGUGAAUGAGCUCACAAAUACAGUCAAGACUACUGAUUUUGAAACUCUUUUUUGGAGCAAGAAUUUAAAUCAAGUAAUUGACAGGGAUGUCUAGUUGUCAGACAAGUGUUAAAAAUCUGUUGGCUAUCGUAUUCAUUGAUAUUUUGUCCGUCAA